CACGCCAUCGUGCAGAGAGGAGCGCCAAGCUCAUCGGUGCGAAAGCAAGAGCUGCUGCAUCGUGCAUGUACGCGAGAGUCACGAACGCUUGUCCGCCCAGAAUCUUUGAACGUUUCUUCGGUGCCAGAACGAAUGCUGCCGCGGUAGUCGAAUGACCCCCAUCUAUAGUGACCACCGCCUAGCGCUCGGGACUUGCUCCUCAUAUCAUCGCAAUCGACACUGUCUCCUCUGUCCUUGCCGCACAAUCGAAUCUCUCACACACCAUUCGUUACCUGGCAAGCAAGGCCGUCCGUGGUACAGCCUGGCUCGAGAUAAAUCCGCCCUCUUCGAGCCUUGCACGGCGUCCGACGAUCGUGUCACGCAGCACGUAAAUUAGCUUCAUAUCCCGUCUUACAGCUCAUACAGGCGCUCGAUAUCCUCCCCGAGCUGGCGGUACAGGUAACGAAGACGUCGUGGAACGAUAUGCGAUCAAACUCAUCCUCCUGCGGCAGCACCUUCUUGCCACCUCGCUUCGUCCAGCUGUUCCUCUUGGCAGCUCUCGUCCUGCUGCUACCAUCAUGGCUCUACUUGUCGCGUCCUGCGCAAAGCGGUGCCCUAGCUUCUCUCCGUCUCGGCUCUUUACCCGAUGGAGCUCACACGGCUUCCCAGCUGGCCAUCCUGCAUCUGAACCCUUCUGCGCGGCCAACGGCCCAGGGCUCGCAAGGCAGUGGACCAGACGACAGCGCCGGCAAGGCUUUUGUGCCAGGCUUGCCGGCGGCAGUGCUACAGGCGUCGCAGGGUACUUUGUAUGGCAAGCCGAUCAUGGCAAAGCUGGGUAAUGAGUCAGCCAAAGCUGAGCUGGGCAGGGCAACGUGGAAGUUUCUGCACACCAUGACACUGCGCUUUCCAGAUGAGCCAAGCGCAUCAGAUAGAGAGGCAUUACUCAGUUUCUUUCAUCUCUUCAGUCGACUGUAUCCUUGCGGGGAAUGCGCGGAGCAUUUUCAGCAGCUCUUGAGAGACUUGCCUCCUCAAACGAGCUCAAGAUUGGCAGCGGCAGGUUGGCUCUGUGCGGCUCACAAUCGGGUUAACGCAAGACUAGGCAAGGCGGAAUUUCCCUGCGACAAGCUCGACGAAACAUACGAUUGCGGGUGCGGUCCUCCCAAGAAGACAUCCAAAGUUCCGCCUACCCUGAUACACCCAGAGGAAGCGGACGCGAAGGCCAAUCACUCGCAAGGAAGCGAAGACUGGGGCGAAGGCGGAAAAGAUUACGUUCCGCACAGAGGCGGUCGACCUUUGGGGGGCUAAUAGCCAACCGAUCGUCCUCUUGUGGUCGGUGGUGUUUGCUCACUGACCUUCAAUUCAGCACAUCUCUGUUUGUCUCAGCAUCCUGCAUCUUCACUCAAUGUCACCAUGAUGUCACGCGCUACGUCGAUUUCGCCUUCUCGUCCAGAACAGUGGGCGAGACUAUGGCGCCGGAGGCAGCGAAUAAUGUGCCUCGCUCUUCGUAGGCUGGCUGACUGGCCCGAACACAUUCAGGAUUGCGGGUAUUUGUGAGGCACAUCAAAAAAAGCGCCCUAUUUGCAAUCAUUGGGCCAUAGGCGCCUAGGC